AUGGAGUCUGACAUUUCCACGAGGAAAGUGAUCGAGGACUUCGAGGGAAUAACCCUCGCAAAGAAUACGGUCAUAAGAAAGAGAAAGACCUCCCUUUUUGAUCCUACGGAGCGACCCAAGAUGCGAGAUGAAGAUCGCGGGGUUGCCGUAAUGACACAUGCUGACUAUCCGCUGCGAAGUCGCUCUCGAUCGCUUCCGGCCGACCCUGAUAAAGUUAAAAUUCCGAGUGGUUUCGUUAGGGAGAACGUCGGCAGUGUGAUUCAAAACGUUUUGGAGACGAAACUGAAAGGGAAAAGAUACGAUGCAAAAGAGAGUUCGGCGCUCACAAGGCAACUGGUCAAUACGCUACGUGAAAAAGUUUCCGCCCUCGAAAUGAAGAAUUAUAAAUUCGUCUGCACAUGUUAUAUCACUAAGAAAAUGAAACCUCCUCCGUCCAUGCAGAGUGGAUGCGCCUGGGAUGAAAGCGCAGUCGGCGUGGAAAAGGACGGUUUUGCUGAAUAUAUUUACAAGAGCGACGAGCUGAUUGCGGUUGCUACAGUGUACGGGAUUUACGGAGAAAGAAGGUCAGAGAGGGAAAAGUACAUCAAGAAGAUUAAAGGAUUUGUUCACGCUCCGAUCCCAGAGUAA